AUGGUUACGACCUACUCCAACAACUACACGCCCACACAGUACAACAACUACACGCCCACACAGUACAGCAACUACACGCCCACACAGUACAAAAACUACACGCCCACACAGUACAACAACUACACGCCCACACAGUACAACUACACGCCCACACAGUACAGCAACUUACACGCCCACACAGUACAGCAACUACACGCCCACACAUACAGCAACUACACGCCCACACAGUGCAACAACUACACGCCCACACAGUACAGCAACUACACGCCCACACAGUACAACAACUACACGCCCACACAGUACAACAACUACACGCCCACACAGUACAACAACUACACGCCCACACAGUACAGCAACUACACGCCCACACAGUACAGCAACUACACGCCCACAUACAACAACUACACACCCACACAGUACAACUACACGCCCACACAGUACAACAACUACACGCCCACACAGUACAACAACUACACGCCCACAAAGUACAACAACUACACGCCCACACAGUACAGCAACUACACGCCCCACACAGUACAACAACUACACGCCCACACAGUACAACAACUACACGCCCACAAAUACAACAACUACACGCCCACACAGUACAACAACUACACGCCCACACAGUACAACAACUACACGCCCACACAGUACAGCAACUACACGCCCACACAGUACAACAACUACACGCCCACACAGUACAGCAACUACACGCCCCACACAGUACAGCAACUACACGCUCACACAGUACAGCAACUACACGCCCACACAGUACAGCAACUACAGGCCCACACAGUACAACAACUACAGGCCCACACAGUACAACAACUACAGGCCCACACAGUACAACAACUACAGGCCCACACAUACAGCAACUACACGCCCACACAGUACAACAACUACACGCCCACACAGUACAACAACUACACGCCCACACAGUACAACAACUACACGCCCACACAGUACAACAACUACACGCCCACACAGUACAACAACUACACGCCCACACAGUACAACAACUACACGCCCACACAGUACAGCAACUACACGCCCACACAGUACAACAACUACACGCCCACACAGUACAGCAACUACACGCCCACACAGUACAGCAACUACACGCCCACACAGUACAGCAACUACACGCCCACACAGUACAACAACUACACGCCUACACAGUACAACAACUACACGCCCACACAGUACAGCAACUACACGCCCACACAGUACAACAACUACGCGCCCACACAGUACAGCAACUACACGCCCACACAGUACAGAAACUACACGCCCACACAGUACAGCAACUACACGCCCACACAGUACAACAACUACACGCCCACACAGUACAACAACUACACGCCCACACAGUACAACAACUACACGCCCACACAGUACAGCAACUACACGCCCACACAGUACAACAACUACACGCCCACCACAUACAGCAACUACACGCCCACACAGUACAACAACUACACGCCCACACAGUACAACAACUACACGCCCACACAGUACAACAACUACACGCCCACACAGUACAGCAACUACACGCCCACACAGUACAACAACUACACGCCCACACAGUACAGCAACUACACGCCCACACAGUACAGCAACUACACGCCCACACAGUACAGCAACUACACGCCCACACAGUACAACAACUACACGCCUACACAGUACAACAACUACACGCCCACACAGUACAGCAACUACACGCCCACACAGUACAGCAACUACACGCCCACACAGUACAACAACUACAGGCCCACACAGUACAACAACUAUGCGCCCACACAGUACAACAACUACGCGCCCACACAGUACAGCAACUACACGCCCACACAGUACAACAACUACACGCCCACACAGUACAGCAACUACACGCCCACACAGUACAACAACUACACGCCCACACAGUACAGCAACUACACGCCCACACAGUACAGCAACUACACGCCCACACAGUACAGCAACUACACGCCCACACAGUACAACAACUACACGCCUACACAGUACAACAACUACACGCCCACACAGUACAGCAACUACACGCCCACACAGUACAGCAACUACAGGCCCACACAGUACAACAACUAUGCGCCCACACAGUACAACAACUAUGCGCCCACACAGUACAACAACUACGCGCCCACACAGUACAGCAACUACACGCCCACACAGUACAGAAACUACACGCCCACACAGUACAGCAACUACACGCCCACACAGUACAACAACUACACGCCCACACAGUACAACAACUACACGCCCACACAGUACAACAACUACACGCCCACACAGUACAACAACUACACGCCCACACAGCCUUCUUUUUUUCCUCUCCCUGUGAAACAGCAGAAAGCGACAGCCAUCAGAACGAUCUGUUUCUGUACCAACCAGAAGCACCUGUAUGCUCAACAUAGCACUGUGGUUAACAGCUCUCCGCCCCCGAGGGCUCAGAUAGUCCCCCUAACAGCCUCUAUGGAACUGGAGGCUAGAUUUCACUUCCUGCUGCUACGGCAAUAA